AUGAGACACUCUCGUCUCACUGUUUUCUCUGGUGCAAUGGGAGCACUCGCUCUGAUGACCGUACUCUCAGCGUGUCUUGGAUGGGUGACACAAGUGAUUCCCCGUGCCGUCACUUAUUAUCUCUCGACUGCUCUUUUUGCUCUAUUCGGACUGAAAAUGCUCCAUGAGGGAUGGACGAUGUCACCGAAUGAAGGACAAGAAGGUUUCGAAGAGGCUCAGGCGGAAGUUGCGAAACGAGAAGGAGAAUUGGAUGCGAGCAAGUUUGAAAUGCUCGAGGGAGGAGGAGGUGGAGCAGCGCCACAAUCAGAAACGCGUAAAAUCUUCCUAUUCACAUCUCGAAUUUUCAUCGAAGCGUUCACAUUGACAUUCGUCGCCGAAUGGGGCGAUCGAUCCCAAUUGACGACGAUUAUUCUCGGUGCGAGAGAGAAUAUUGCGGGAGUUAUCGGUGGAGGAGUACUCGGACACGCUCUUUGCACUGGAAUUGCAGUCAUUGGAGGCAAAAUUGUCGCUCAGCGGAUAUCUGUUAGGACUGUAACCCUAAUUGGCGGUGUCGUCUUCUUGCUGUUCGCCCUCUCCGCUCUAUUCAUCAAUGAUAUCGAAUCGGCGAAUGAUUCAGAUGAAGACGGAAUGGAAAUAAGAAAGUAUGAAAAUGACGGUAAUUAG